AUGGCCUCGUCUACGUCCGCUCCUUCACAGCGUGAAAUCGAUUGGCCUGCCGUCAAACCCAGCGUUCCCUCCCCCGCGCUGCCAGUGAUUCCUCGCCCUUUACUGACGUUUAUGCUGUUCCUAGUGCCGUCGUCGUCGGUCGUUCCCCUGUCAGAUCCUACUCUACUUUUCGCAAAUGCAGGAAUGAACCAGUACAAGUCGAUAUUCUUGGGCACCGUUGAUCCAAAUUCAGAUUUUGCGCAUUUGAAGCGCGCACAUAAUUCUCAAAAGUGUAUACGUGCGGGCGGAAAACACAAUGACCUUGACGAUGUGGGAAAGGACAGUUAUCACCAUACUUUCUUCGAGAUGCUGGGCAACUGGAGUUUUGGCGACUAUUUCAAGAAAGAAGCCAUCCAAUACUCAUGGGACCUCCUCACCAAGGUCUAUGGCCUUGAGCCCGACCGUCUAUACGUAACCUAUUUCGAAGGAAAUAAAGAUGCCGGCAUCGAACCUGACCUGGAAACAAAAGACCUAUGGCUAGGGGUUGGCGUGAAGGAGGAUCACAUCCUUUCCGGGAAUAUGAAAGACAACUUCUGGGAGAUGGGGGACCAGGGACCCUGCGGCCCAUGCAGUGAAGUUCACUACGACAGAAUUGGCGGACGGAAUGCCGCUCACCUAGUUAACAUGGAUGAUCCGAAUGUCCUCGAAAUCUGGAAUAACGUUUUUAUACAAUACAAUCGCGAGUCUGAAAAGAUUCUGCGUCCUCUCCCAAACAAACACGUCGACACCGGCUUGGGUUAUGAGCGGUUAGUGUCUGUUCUGCAGGAUAAAUCGUCCAACUAUGACACGGACGUCUUCUCGCCGCUCUUCGAUGUCAUCCGCGAAAUCACCGGCGUUCGUCCAUAUGCCGGGAAAUUCGGCGAAGAAGAUGUGGAUGGGAUCGACACUGCCUACAGAGUGGUCGCCGACCACGUUAGGACCUUAACCUUUGCGAUCUCCGAUGGAGCUGCUCCGAAUAACGAGGGCCGUGGCUACGUUUGGACCCAAAUGGGUGACAUGUUUCCGGAGAUUAAAAAGAAACAAACUGAUGUGAUGGAAAUUUUGGACGAAGAAGAAAUCUCCUUUGCCAAAACACUGGACCGUGGAGAACGGCAGUUUGAGAUUUAUGCCCAGCAGGCCAAGGAGUCUGGCUCUGGUAAACUACACGGAGCAGACGUAUGGCGACUUUACGACACGUUUGGUUUCCCCGUUGACCUAACCCAGCUGAUGGCCGAGGAGCGCGGUCUCAGCAUUGAUAAUACUGAGUUCGAGGAAGCACGGCUAAAGGCCAAAGAGGCUAGCAAAGGCCAGGCGAAAGCAGCUUCCGACCUACUCAAGCUUACUGUUCACGACCUCGGUAAGCUUGAGAAGGACAAUGUCCCCAAAACAGAUGACAGCGCAAAGUUUGGAAGGGGAAAUAUACAGUCCCAAAUCCUUUCCAUAUACCAUGGCAAGGAGUUUGUCGCCUCCACAAACGGAAUCUCUGCUGGCGAACAGAUUGGUAUAAUACUUGAUAAGACCAACUUUUAUGCGGAGCAAGGUGGUCAAGAGUAUGAUAUAGGGAAGAUUAUCGUUGAUGGACAUCGGGGCGUAACGUUUCAAUUCGGGGUACCAUUCUUGAGACCGUUUGUAUUUUACGCAAAGCAGGCGAGACAGCUCCCUCAAGCUACUGAUGGCAAGCUUCAAGAACGAUUAUUGCUGACUCGACCCCAAAGGCACGAGGUCAGUAACAAUCAUACUGGUACCCACAUUCUCAACUUCGCUCUUCGAGAGGUCCUUGGGAAUGGAAUCGACCAGAAAGGUUCCCUUGUUGCGGCUGAAAAGUUGCGCUUCGAUUUCUCCCACAAAUCUGCCAUUUCCGACAGUGACCUGGAAAAGAUUGAAGCGAAGUCCACAGAAUAUAUCAGACAAAACUGCGCAGUGUAUUCCCAAGAUGUUCCCUUGGCAAAAGCUCGCGAGAUUACCGGUGUACGUGCUGUUUUCGGCGAGACAUAUCCCGACCCUGUUCGUGUUGUCUCCGUUGGCGUUGAACUAGAUGAAAUUCUUAAAGAUGUCAAAGAUCCCAGGUGGAAAGGAGUUAGUAUUGAAUUUUGCGGCGGAACACAUGUUCAGAAAACCGGUGACAUUAAGGAUCUUGUGAUUCUCGAAGAAAGCGGAAUCGCCAAAGGUAUUCGGCGUAUUAUCGCCGUGACCGGUAAGGACGCGCAUGAAGUGCAACGCAUCGCAAGGGAAUUCGGUGAACGACUUAACAAAUUCGAGAAGAUGGAACAAGGUCCUCAAAAGGAACAAGAGGCCAAGCUUGUACAGGUUGACUUGAAUCAGUUGUCUAUCUCAGCGGUUGAAAAGGCCAGAUUCCGCGACCAGUUCGCCCGGAUCCACAAGCAAGUUCUUGACGCACAAAAGGCUCUACAAAAACAAGAGAUCAAGGCAGCCCUGGAUACUAUUAAUUCACAUUUUGAAAAGCCCGAGAAUAAAGAUACCUCGUUUCUCGUCGUCCGGCUGCCCACAUCCGCCAAUGCUAAGGCCAUCAGCGAGUCUAUCAACCAUGUGAAAUCGAAACUGAAAGAUAAAUCGCUAUACGUAUUUGCUGCAGAUGAGCAGCAGGGACGUGUUGCUCAUGGAUGCUAUGUCUCAUCAUCCCUUAGCGCUCAAGGAGCCAGUGCGAGCAGCUGGUCGGGCGUCGUUUCAGCUAUCGUUGGAGGUAAUGGCACGGAUGUUGGUAAAGUCGAUGAAGCACUCGACGCGGCUACCAAGUACUUGGAACAGUUCAAGCUGUAA